AUGUUGUCCCAACAACCCUCUCAGCUUGAUCUCGAAGAUCCUCGAGUGGCCAAGUCUUCAAUUGAUACCACUGCUACUCAUGGCUAUGGUACACCUCCUCCUAGCGCUUCUAGCUCGUGUUUCCCUCCUAACCACCCUAUUCUUCACACGCCAGUUUUCUCUACUCUGCCCAAACAACGCCACCGCUCUCCCAUGCGAGGAGUAUGGGAGUUGAUCUAUGAUUCUCCUUCAUCACCUCUGCCUCGCUUUGCAAAAGGUCCUCGUCGGGAGGUGACUGUUUUACAACAGGACCCCGAUCGAAGCCACAUUGCUAACCCCCGCAACGACGACCGCACGAGUCUUCUCUUGGAAACGAUACUUCUGGAAUUACGCCAGUUAGAUGUACGCGUGCUGGCAUUAUCUAGAGAUUUGGAUUUGGGGAACGACGUUGACGACGACGCCAGCGUGAUCAACAGCGACAACGCCAUUGCCACGGCGAUUUAUGAAGUCUUGGCACCCGGUAAUAGCCACGUCGACUCGAGGUGGGAACAGUCGUUUCAACAGGGGCUUCACGACGGAUAUGGUGGAGGCAAUUCCAAAUGGCACCACCAACCCGAAUUUCAGCCGGUCACCCGCAAAGUUCGACGCAAGAACCCUUUCGUUGCCACUUGGCAAUGGGUUAAACGCCUUAAAGAUUUGUAA